AUAUAUUCUUCAACAAGACUUAUACUGUUGCAUUAAAACAGAAAACUAAACAAACAUUAGGCCUACAAUAAUUAUAGACAAUACAAAAAAUGUAUGGAGGUAUCUAGUCAUGAGAACGAUAAUUGAAUGAUUAAGUACAUGUUAAUUAUUUUUGGAGUUUCUGGCUGUGCAAAACAUGAACUAGAAAAUGGAUAAUGAUGAGAUUUCUUUGUAGAUUUUCAUUUUCGAACUGUAUUUGGAUGAUUCUGAUUGGGGCUUGUAUGAUAAUGUUAAUAUACUUAAGGAUGGAUAUUGAUAUAAGGACAGAUAUCGAUGAAAGGAAUGGUAUUGGUGUAAAAAAGGGUAUUGAUAUUCGAUUUAGGAAGGAUAAAGAAGAAAUGAUGGCUUUAGAGGUACCCAAACUUCAAGAAUAUCAACACCAAAUACAAACCCAUAUCAAUGAAAUCAGGAAGGAACACAUUGAGAAAGUAUGCAAAGAGAAUCCAUAUUUACAACAUCUGAAAGUGGACAUGAAAAGAAACAUUGCAGGACUGGAGAUACCAUUCAUUUGGUGCAGAAUCCCCAAAACUGGAACAACUACAUUUUAUAGGAUAUUAAAAACUAUCAACAUGGAAUCAGAGGCUAAAAUGAUCAAUCCAUAUGCUAUUAAGGGUUUAGAUGCUCGGGUUGAUCAAGAGAAAUAUUUUCAAGAACUGAAUACCUCACUUUAUAAAGAAAUUCAAAAUUAUACCAAAAUUCUGAUUACUCGAGAUCCAAUCUCCCGUCUAAUAUCAGCAUAUUUUGACAAAUUCUUCAGUAUUAAACCUCAGUUUUGGUGUCUUAAUCGUGUAAAAGGCUUUCAGAUGAACAGAACUCAGGAAUCUCCCAGAUAUUGUCCAGCAUGUAAUAUUACAUUUACUGACUUUCUAGGCUUUAUUGCGAAUGAUACCGAGGACUUUGAUAACAUUCACUGGACCCCUAUGUACAAACUGUGCAACCCAUGUGGAUUAAUACAAUAUGAUAUUAUUAGUUAUUUAGAAACAUACAAACAAGAUGUGUUAUAUUUCCUCCAUGAAAUCAAUGCCCACAUUGAAAGUCCUUUCAAGUAUAUGUCUGAUGAAGAAACUGAUUUGGAUAUUAUAGCCAGAGAAGUGGACAUCUUAACACUUAAUGCAAAUGAAGCAUUUGAAACAUGUGGAUAUACAAUGAAAUAUUUGAUAGCUCGUGUGUUCAAGGGUUUAGUAUCCAAGGGUGUGAUAAGCCAGGAUGCCUUACUCCCUUACCUUGGGGAGCCUGAUGUAUAUUACACCAGUGAAAACAUAAAACACCUUCUCACCAAUGUGUAUCUCAGCUAUAAAGGAUAUAAAGUGACACACAAACAACUGAGAAAAAACAUGUUAAAAGAUAUACCUGAUAAAAUAUUAGAUAGGAUUUUUGACAUCUAUAAGUAUGAUUUUGAAAUGUUCCAAUUUGACACCAGUAUUAAAAAAUAAUAAAAAACAAUAGUUUGUAUGUACACUCCCCUCCAAAAGCUUAGCAACACAUCCUCCCAUUUGGAGAUUGAUGUAAAAUUACAUCUACGAAUCUUUUCAUUGAAAAUGUGACUUCUAGGUCAGGGAAACUCCCCAUCCUAUCUUAUAACUAGACAUGACAUCAUUUCAAAAUCAGUCAUUGGAAAGUAUGUUUCAUUCAAGUGGUCAUUGUCACACAUUUUGUAACGCGAUAGCAGAGCAUUUUAGUAAGGAAGGAUUGUUGGCUUGAAAUUAAAAGAACUUGGAAUUGAAUCUCAAACUCUAGAUCAUGUAACCAACCUGUGUAAGGGUUUAGGGAAACAUCACUAGUGUAUCAAAGUUUUAAGUUUUUCAUUACAGGAUGAGGGUAUUCAUAAUAAAUCUUCUUGUGUUCAAUCCAUCAUUGGGUGUUGGGCUUCACUCACCAGCGCUUAUGUGCAUUUCACACCAAAACACAAACGGUAAGUGAACUCUACACAAUCUACAUGUUCGCAAAAAAUAAAAUACUGUUUGAAAAAUUCUCUAACAUCUUUCUCAAAAUUUUAAAAGUAUAGACUGUGCGCUUGCGGAGCUAUUCACACACAUGGGGUUUGUCUUUAAAUGGAAC